AUGCAAACACCACAGGCUGGCUCAACUGCAGUUUCUUAUGUUAAGCGAAGAACGGAUGGGUCAACUACUGCUUCUUGCAAUACUGAGGAUCGGAAAUACUGUGGUGGUACAUGGCAGGGUAUCAUCGACAAGCUGGACUAUAUCCAAGGAAUGGGCUUCACAGCCAUCUGGAUCACACCUGUUACGGGCCGGCUUCCUCAGCACACUGCAUACGGAGACGCCUACCAUGGCUACUGGCAGCAGGAUAUAUACGCUCUGAACAGGAACUACGGUACAGCAGAUGACUUGAAAGCUCUUGCUUCGGCUCUCCAUGAUCGGGGGAUGUAUCUAGUGGUCGAUGUCGUUGUCAACCAUAUGGGUUACGAUGGAGCCGGCGACUCAGUCAACUACAGUGUGUUCAAACCAUUCAACACCAAGGACUACUUCCACAACUUCUGUUUUAUCCAGAACUUUGACGACCAGACCCAGUCUGAGAACUGCUGGCUGGGAGAUAACAGAGUUUCCCUUCCUGACCUGGACACAACCCGCGAAGACGUCAAGGGUCUCUGGUACGAUUGGGUGGAGGCCUUGGUAUCUAACUACUCCAUUGAUGGCCUCCGCGUCGACACUGUCAAACAUGUCCAGAAAGAUUUCUGGCGUGGCUACAACCAAGCUGCAGGUGUAUACUGCAUUGGAGAAUGCUACUACCCCCUUCUCAACGCCUUUAAGUCAACAUCCGGGAGUAUAAGCAACCUCUAUAACAUGAUAAACACAGUCAAAUCCACUUGUCCCGAUUCAACACUACUAGGAACAUUCGUCGAGAACCAUGACAAUCCGCGAUUCGCAUCAUACACAAACGACAUGUCACUAGCCAAGAACGUAGCAGCAUUUAUUAUCCUCGCAGACGGACUUCCCAUCAUCUACGCGGGCCAGGAACAGCACUAUGCGGGUGGAAACGACCCCGCCAAUCGCGACGCAACCUGGUUCUCGGGCUACUCGACGACCAGCAAGAUAUACAAGCUGAUUGCUUCUUUGAAUGCGAUCCGGCGUCAUGCGAUUAAUACCGAUAGUGGUUAUUUGUCUUACAAGAACUGGCCUGUUUAUCAGGACGCUUCGACUAUUGCUAUGCGCAAGGGUACCGAUGGCUCGCAGAUCAUUACUGUCUUGUCUAACCAGGGCUCGUCGGGUGGUUCGUACACGCUCUCUUUGACUGGAACGGGAUACACGGCUGGAGAGCAACUGCAUGAGAUAAUUAAUUGUUCAACGGUGACGGUGGGAUCUGACGGCAAGGUACUUCUUCCUAUGGAGAAGGGACUACCAAGGGUACUGUAUCCAUCUGCAAAGUUGAAUGGAAGUAAGGUUUGCAGCAGUUCUUAG